AUGGAUGCUCCAUACUACCGCGACGUUGAGCACCUCUUCAGCGAGGGCGUGACAAACCACCUCUCGCCUCCUGGAGACGAGACCUGCUGUCCCCUCUGCCAAGAGACGUACGCGUCCGAUGAGUCCGAACUGAUCGUGAUUACCAAGUCGUGCGUUCGGCCCCAUGCUUUUCACGCGAAGUGCCUCCUGACAUGGCUGCGUGUUCACCACAACAACACCUGUCCCACCUGCCGCAACCAACUCUACGGCACGCAAAUCCGAGGUGAGUCCACCCAUCCUCUCCGCCCUAUAGUCGACGCAAUGAUCAGUGCUCAAGGACUGGAUGUUGCCAUGGGACUGCCCCCUCCCUACACCCAGCAUCUCCCCAUAGCUAGGGUCGCCGCCGCCUUUAGGGCAGGUGCUGAUGCAUGCGACCGCUUAUUUGAGGAACACACUCGCCGCAUGGAUGCAAUGAUGCAAGCUAAUACCAAUGUGCAGUCUGCUCGCGUUGCCCGGGUCAUCGCGCAGGAGAAGGUCAAGUCGAUUCGCCAGCGCAACCCCCACGCGGCGGCUCACCUGCGAGCUGCAGAAGAGGAACUUCAGAUGUACACCGAGAUCCAGGACAAGUUUCAGGACGACUACGAGAAAGCGGUGGAGGAGACGGAGCGCGUCCUAGCGGAGUUGUGUGCGGCUCGCGAACACUAUGAAGAUGCCCGUGAUGAGUUCAUUCGGCUGCGCGACGAGGAGUACUACGGUGAACUAUAUCACUAG